AGCACGUUGGCUCAAGGCGAGAAGCUUGCCGAUCAGUUUGGAGAUCGCAGCGACCCCGGACCCACCUUGAAAGGCCAUCCCAGCUGCCGAUAUGGCAAACCGCGACAAGGAGGUGUACUUCGCGAAGCUUGCAGAGCAGGCGGAGCGCUACGACGAGAUGGCGGCUCACAUGGAGGCAGUGGGGAAGUCGGGUGACGAGCUGUCAGUCGAAGAACGCAAUCUCCUGUCCGUGGCCUACAAGAACGCCGUGGGUUCGCGUCGCGCUGCGUGGCGUAUCAUCACCAGCGUGGAGCAAAAGGAGAAAAGCAAAGGCAACGAGGAGAAUGCAACAUUCGCGAAGGAGUAUUGCAAGAAGGUGGAAUCCGAGCUCGAUGACAUUUGCAAGAAGAUCCUUGCACUCUUGGACAACAGUCUCAUCGGGAAGGCAACGACAGGCGAGUCGAAGGUCUUCUACCAGAAGAUGAAGGCCGACUACUACCGCUACAUUGCCGAAUACACCACAGGCGAUGACAAGGCGAAGGCUGCGAACGAUGCCAGGAGUGCUUACGAAGAGGCGCAAACGAUUGCCACCAAGGACUUGGCAGUGACGCACCCGAUCCGCCUCGGCCUUGCUCUGAAUUUCUCCGUGUUCCAGUACGAGGUGUUGGCGAACCCAGAUGAGGCCUGCAAGAUGGCACGCACCGCUUUCGAAGACGCGAUCGCCGAGCUCGACAACGUCGCGGAGGAUUCGUACAAGGAUUCCACCCUCAUCAUGCAGCUGCUCCGCGACAACUUGACGCUCUGGACCUCGGACCAGGAGGGCGAGCCCUGAGGAGGGCAACAGAAGCUAUGCGCAGAGUCCGCCAGGGCUGGCGGACGAGCGAGCUCAAGCUCGCCGGCGAGAAUUUUGCCAGGAGGACGCCUUCCUUUGGCGGUGCGCACGGGUCUGUUUCGCCCUGCGCUCUUAACUUUAGCUUGGGGCCGGCAGACUCCUCCAUUUCCUCCUCUUCCCCAUCCUUCUCCAUUUGAUCAGCGGCAACGUGUGAGGGUUGAGCGUCUGGAA